CCGAUUCGAUCACGUGACUGGUCGGCGGCGGUCUUCCGAGUCCUGCAGCCCCACCUUGGCGAUCGUCAUGACUUUGGAAGCGCUUCGGUACCGCAGGGGGUACCUGCAGAUUCUCAACCAGCUUCUGCUGCCUCAUCAGAGCCUCUAUGAGGAAAUAAGCAGCGUCCGCCAGGGCUGGGAGGCCAUUCGGUCUAUGAAGGUGCGAGGUGCUCCAGCCAUUGCCAUUAUAGGUUGUCUGAGCUUGGCAGUGGAAUUGCAUAAUAAAGGAAAUGAACUGACUUUGGACAACCUGGAGAUUUUUGUGUUGGACUCACUGAGCUACCUCAUAAGCGCCAGGCCUACUGCUGUCAACAUGGCCCGGGCAGCUCAGGAGCUGGGCCACUUUGUCCACCAGAAGGCAAAGCAUGAAGAGACUACUCCAGAGAGUUUACGAGAAAGUGUGAUCAACUGGGCGGAAGCAUUGCUGGACAAAGACUUGGAAGACAACAAAAGCAUUGGGGAGCAUGGAGCUUGCCAUCUCUUGCAACAAGUAGGGCAGGACAAAGUGACAGUCCUGACUCACUGCAAUACUGGCUCAUUGGCCACUGCUGGUUAUGGCACUGCACUUGGUAUCAUUCGCUCAUUACAUGCCAUGGGUCGUCUGGAGCAUGUUUACUGUACAGAGACACGGCCGUACAAUCAGGGGGCCCGGCUGACUGCUUAUGAAUUAAUGUAUGAGCAGGUGCCUUCAACACUCAUUGUUGAUAGCAUGGCGUCCUUAGCAAUGAAAGAAAAAAAGAUAUCAGCUGUCAUUGUGGGAGCAGACAGGGUUGUUGCUAAUGGAGACACUGCCAAUAAAGUGGGUACUUAUCAGCUGGCUAUUGCUGCAAGAUACCAUGGGAUUCCCUUCUAUGUGGCAGCACCCAGCACCUCUUGUGACCUGAACUUAGAACAUGGAAGGCAGAUCAUUAUUGAAGAGCGACCAAGCCAGGAAUUGACAGACAUCAAUGGUUUACGAAUUGCAGCACCAGGCAUUGGUGUUUGGAAUCCAGCCUUUGAUGUCACUCCUCAUGAAUUGAUAACUGGUGGCAUUGUCACUGAACUUGGGGUCUUUCCUCCUGCUGAACUUAAAGCAGCACUGAUACGGGCAGUCAAUAAAAGUCUAAUGAACCUGAGUUAAGCUGUUUCCAGCUUGACUCAGCAACCUUCAGCAAUUCUUACUAGAACAACUUUCCCUAACCUGGCAUCUUUCCAGAUGUUUUGGGCUGCAAUUUUCAGAAUUAUGUACAACUGAAAAUGGUAGCCUCAAUACCUCUGAACACCAUUGGGUUUGGGAAGUCGUACUAGAAAGGUCAGCAUUUGGGUCUGAUGGGAAUGCUUUGUAUUUCUGCAAUUUGGUACUGAAUACUCACUUUCAAACUAAAAGGGGCUGUUUAUGUGUGCGGACAGUGCUCAUGAUCCGUGCAACUUAUAGUAGAUAACAAAAUAGCGUAGAUUUUUUUUUAGCAAAAGGAAGCUGUUAUUGUCCUACUUCCACCAAAGCAAAUUAAAUAAUGUUGAAUUUGGUCUAUUUUGGGGGGUUUCCUUUCUGGCUUUCAGGGUGGGGGUUGCUUGGCUUUGGAGUUUUUGAGUCACACUCUGACAUAUUUUUUCUUCAGUAUCAAGUCAUAUUUUUGCUAUAGAUGUAGUAUAAUUAUAUUUCUUUAUCUGAAUUGUUUUUGUUCAUUUGUUGCUUAGACUUCUUCACUGACAUCCUACUGUAUGUUAAUGCACCAUUUUCCAAACUGUUCUUAAGGUCCAUUGGUGUUGUAUCUCACAUGACUUUAAUCUUAUGACAACAGUUUCUCUGUAGCGGUGCCUUCCGGUGUAGGAGUUUUGUACCUAUCUUUUGCAAUACAUUUUAUGUAAUCUAAUCUUGAUAUACAUAAAAGUAUGACCUAAUAGUGAUCCCUGUAUUGUGAAAGAGGCAUGAAAAUUCAGAGAUGAUAGCUUGACUUAAGGUUCGUGGCAGAGGUGAGUGUCGGCUUACUUCUGCUUUCUUUCAAUGGGUUAACUGUUUGGGAUCAAUGCAUAUGACAAAGAUUAGCUGUGAAUGCUUGCAUGAGAUUUAGGUUCCUUCUAACUGCCUCAGAUCUUGCAAGCUCAUUCUUUAUAGUAAGAUUUUUUCAUUUUCUGUUGACGAACAUUCAUUCCUCACAACAGCCAUGUACUUCCCAUUACUUUCCAACAGCGUAAGAGGCUGCUUCCAUUACUGUGCUAUUUGGAAAUGAGAGUUGGGCACAGCAGGAGAAAGUAAAAGUUGAAUGCAGUGGACUGGGAUACUUAAGAAGUUUCUAUGGUAACAAAUAAAAAUUAAAAACAGAGGCAGGAAUUAUUCUGAAGGAUUAUGGAUUAAAUACAAAAGUGUGUGACCAGAACAUAAGAAGUACAUUGAGUUGGACUGAAUAAAUGAGAAUUGAAAUGCAAAAGAAAGGAAAAACAAAUGGGCUGAGACGAAUGGGAAAACUGAAAAUGUUAGGGUUGGAAAAAGUUGAUGAGAUCCUCAAAAAGAGAGAAGGGAUAACUUUAAAGCUUCAAAGACAAUUUAUGACUUAAUGUGUGGACCUAAUGGAAGAAAGGAUAGUUUGCAAGGAUAGAAAAGUAUGGAGAAGUAAUUGUGAAUGGUGUUGGUGUUAACUAGAUUUAAUUAGAUUUCCUUUCAUUUUCUCUUUUAUUUCUUUUCCUUACUAUUUCCUACUGUUUUUCUGUGCUUUGAGUAACACUGCUUACCCCAAAAGGGAAUUGUGUGAUAGUGUGUAUGAAUAUAUGAGUGUACAAUUUUCCAUUGGAGAUGCAGAAUUGCAGAAUACUGUUCCAUAUUUUUUCAAAUAUAAACACUGUUUAUAGUUUACUUAAUAAGGAGAUAGGAACAAAAGCAUGAAUAAAUGUGUUUAUCAGAAGGUGUGUUGGUCCAGAAAUAGGAUAGUAUCUAAAACAGAUUGAAUUUUAAUCUCUCUUGCUAAAGCCCUUUAGUCAAGCCAUCUUCUGUCAAUAAUACGUUGCAAGCGUUUAGAAGAAUUAUGUGAUUGUAUAUGAAAUGCUUUGAACACUUAACAGAUUCUGUUUCGUAACUGUUUUAAGACACCAGAAUUAAUGCCCAAAUAAAAUUUGACAACCUCAUAUAGAAAGGAAGGAUCUGUGGGGUUUUGUAUAGAUGUGGGCCAUUUUAGUUGGACAGAAUGAACACAAUAAUAGCCCAUGCACAUAAAUCUGUUCUUUAGAGCAUUUAAAUUUCCUAGGGCUUCAGAAUCUAUAUAGGAGAUUUUAAAUUUGCAGCUAAUAGUUCUGUGAAAGUAUAGGUCAAAGGAAUCUAAAUUUAACCUACUGGAAAAAAAGUAGCUAGGUUAUGCUAGCUUUGAUUGACUAUAAUUUUCAGCAGCUGCAGAUCUACUCCUAUUUUUAAAAAAAUUGCUGUGUCAAUUAAGUGAACUGAAUUUGAAGUUAUGACUGCUGUAGCAGAGCUGAUCACUACCUGUGUAAAUGUUCUGUAUAGUUUGGUUGCAUUUGACUGACCCUAAUGAUUUUUUGUUUCACCAAUUCACAGAUGGUUUCUUGAUGCACUGUCUUCAUGAAAAGUUCUAAUAUGAAAAUUUGCUUAAGGUCAGGGUAAUUUAAAUAGCCUGUCAAGAGAAGCUUUUAGAAAACCCAGUGUGUGAUUAUAAUCUGCAAGAAUUCUCAUUAGGUAUGCCUUAUAUUAAGGCAUUGAUUUUGGCUCUGUUCCUUCAGGUGGAAAGUACCUCUUUCAUCAGUGUGGAUGGUGGGUGCAUUAAAAAUAAUUUCUCUCUCUGGAUGUUGUAAUGCCUAUUUAAUGUUCUUUUUGGAAAGGUUAAAACCAAUUAUUGUUGUGAUUUUUUUCCUGCUGGCAUUUCCAUUGUGUAUUAUGGGUCAAACAAUUAGCAAUCACAAAUAUGUUCAUUGCAGAGUGCUGAUCUUGUUAUAACUAUGUGUCAAGAGGAAGUUAACAAAUAAUUUACUUACUAAAAUGAAUAGCCUAGAUUUAGGUUAUUGUUAUGACUUUGUAACGUGUGCUCUCAUAUGUACCAUUUCUAAUCCACAUGGAAAUAAAUUAUACUUUAUUCCAA